AUGGAUGUAUUUUGGGACGCCUUCUUUGCAAUAAAUACUUCUAAUUCGGGUAAGAAGUGAAUUUCUGAUUUAAAGUGCAAUCAUUUCAACUGCAUUAAAGACUAACUUUAAUUUCCUAGGAUGAUAAAAAUAGGACAAAUCUUUCCUUUGGAAAAUAAAUUGCGAAACAUGCAUUACGAUAUCCUCAAUGCGCCAUCGAAUAAAUUAAAAAGUUAUCCGCCAGUAUUAUUUUUGCGAAUAUUAUAAAUGAGUUGGCAAAAAGACAAAAGAUGAAGUGACAGGUAAUGGAGAAAAUGUUUGAUUCAGCAGUCGUUAGAAUUACUAAAAGCAACACUAUACGCCUAACUUUAUCGGCUAUUUUAAAUAAUUGAGGGUUAAUCCCUUGUAUUACACAAUUCAAUUUAAUCGCAAAAUGAAGUAUGCGCUUUCGAGCCGACGACCAUUUUCUUUCUAGCACAUUUGAUGGAGGCAAUAUGUUUAUAUUUUUCAGACUACAUUCAUCAUCUAAUUUUGAAAUUUAGUUUAGGCGGCUAGAGACUGCUAAUGCACAUGUAUGGAUGCUUACCUACUUUAGUUCGAUAUUGUCUAACGGACACACAACAAGUUUGUGUCACUCGAAAUAUCUGACUUCUCGCCGUUUAAGUUCAACCUGCGUGUCGCGAAAGCAAUAAGACCUACAUCGAUCCAUUCUUCUAAUAAAUAGAAUUGUUUGAGUCAUGUUCAGAUUAGAGAAAUAAUCCUGCAGAUCCGUGCAUGAGAAUAUUGUUUUCAAUCACUGUAAGCUAGCAUUUGACAAACUCAUUCACGGGAAAGUGGAGGCCUUUUGGGUAUUGAAUUCAUAAGAGUUUUUCCGUUUCAAGGUCGUGCCUUUUAUUUUCAGAGGUAAUAACGAGAUCCGAACUCGAAAGAUACCGAGCAAAGUAUAGCCUCGAUAGAACAUUCGUAGAAGUAAGUUUAUCAACUUUGCUGCUCUUUUUAUCAUGGGCAGGUUCUUGAAAUCUGUAAACCUGUCUGGGGAUUUCAACAGUACACGAAAUUGAAAUUUAUACGAGACAAAAUUUACGCUUUGUAUACAUCUAAAUACUUAGUAUUAUAAGGAUCUCAGCACACUUCACAUAAGGCAACUAUAAAUGUGCUUGCAUCUAUGCGCAUGUUCCGUUUGUGUUCUCUUUAUGGUUUACGAUAUUUUCCCCUCUGAAUACUGUUUUUAAUGUUCAGACUCCCGGGGGGCAACUUGCAUAACUUCGCACAGAAAAGUUAAGUUUUAAAUUAAAAAUAUCCUACUACAGUCUACACUCAUACUCUGCCUAGUAAGUAAGAUCUGCUAUGUGCAGAAUUAUAAUAACGAAAGCAGUCUAAUUGUCGGAACUCGGAAAUGUAACCACAGACAAAAAUAAUGCAGUGACAAUACUUUCAAUAAAUAAUAAAUAUGUAAACAAAGGAUCGCUGUAGUUCUUUAAAAGAGUAACCCCGAUGCGUCUGCGGUCGGCACUUACUAAGUCCCUAGUCGAAAUUUUUACGCUUGCAUAGAGGUCUAGUGAACUGUCGGUUCUUUCUGCUCCAUUAAACCCUAGGCAUGCCGACCUCAUAGCAGCAACUGCAUAUUUUUAAGAGAAAAUUCUUUGGUCUUAACAUUACUUUAACUCAAACGAACGCAGUUACGUAAGGGCGCUAUACCGGCGCGUUAAGAUGUACUGAAGUGAAAAGGAAGACAAGGUUACUGAAUUACAAUAUCUUCGACGGGUACUGAGAGCCAAUAGUUACCCGUGCAACUUUGUCAACCAGUGCAUACGAAAAGGACACCAGAGACCAAAUCCAACCUGCCCCAAAUUUUUGCGGGCUCUUCCGUACGUGAAGAACGUCUCGGAAGCCGUCAGUCGUCUUCUCACUCCACUUGUAGUUGGGGUUGCACACAGGCCGGAAGCAACUAUCAGGCGCCAAGUCGUGAGAUCGAAAGACCCACUACCCCGGCAGCAAACGUCUAGGGUCGUUUACCGGAGCUGGUGCAGUUGCGAGCAAAGCAACUACGUCGGAGGAACUGAGAGAUUACACCGUACGCGAAUUGCCGAGCACGCAGCAGCGGUGAGGCGGGGAGACGCUAGCUCUCACGUGACGGCUCAUUCGACGGGACCCGGCCAUAUUUAUAAGUUACAAGAGACCGAAAGCCUCGCAAGGGGUGACAACCGCGUGAGCCGCGAGCCGCUCGAGUCAUGGUUUUCAGGCUCGCAAUCCGUCAACAAGCGCAAUGACCUCCCCUUAUUGUAUUGCGCGCUGAGAUAUUCCCUGAACAGGCGAAUCGGUCACGUGUGGAGGGCGCAGGCGGGCAAUUAUCCUAGUGACAGUGACCCAAUUUGCCGAGCAAUCGUCACACCAGCAUCCAACACGGAUGACUAAAUCACGGCAAUUAACGACUCGGGCGCGGACUCACAAGCCACCAUCCCAUCAAUUACGAUCCCAGCGGUGAUUGCGAGAGCUAUUAAUUACAGCGCGCAUAUGGUCCCACGGCAGCCACUUGCUAUAAAUACUGCACUCCUUGUGCCACCACUACCCUUAUCUGUGACCGUCUCUGAUGAUGGGUUCGGAUGAGAAUCCGAAACGUUAGACCAAAACAUUGCUUGCUCCAGUGAUCGCAUCUUCGUUUUCUUAACUGCCACCUGGAACUCGCCUGUUCGCUUCUAUCAGCAAUAAUUUAACUUACUUAUUUGAUGCAAGGCUAGACUCUUGGGCUUUUGGAAUGCUGCCGAUAUAAACGUAUGUUUCUUUACUUUUCUGGGGCGGAGAAGCACUCAUCGAGAAGAAAUAUCUUUUUUCGUCUUUCGUUUGAUUGUACAACGUUAUCUCAAGUAAACAGGCACUAUAAUUAUUAAAACCGCAUUUUAAGUUGGUGACUUGCAGGGUUCGACUUCUACAGGUUAUAUUUUUUUAUGUCCAGGGCGUUUUUCACGGUCAGCUAUUUCAGAUAUUCAAGGGACGUUUGCUCACAGGGGUGAUAUUUUGUCAAAAUGUAGUCUGAACCUGACUCAGGUUGAAUAACAGCCCCUCGUUUAAUUGAAUUAUUAAAGUUUGUGGCAGCCAUCAAGCAAAUAAAACGGGGAAAAUCACCGUUAGAACGAAAUUUUCUCAUUUUUUUCAAAAGCACUCCCAUGUACCUUGAUCAUAUUUCAUACUUGUGAUGUAGUUAAAAACUAUACCUAGAAACCAGUUGGUUAAAGCAAGAGUUAAUUUAAUCGCACAAUCCAUGAAAGAGUAGGCAAUGAGUUCAGGGACUAAUUAAAGUACUCUUAAAGAGCUUUGGCAGGAAAAUGCUAUCAAGCAAAAUCAAAACAAUGAUUUUCUGGAGCGCGGUAUCAGCCUAAUUAGUGAGGGGACGAUAAUUUUGACGGAGGUUCCUUGCGAACAGCUACAUAAAUUGAAUUUUAACUGAUUAUUGACGGCAUUGUAAAUGCGGGAUUAUUCCCCGAAACGAAUAAAAAGCGCCUGUGUUUCGUACGAAAUUGCAGUUUUUCUCACUCGGUUUUGAAAACAACUGACCUGCGGGUUUUGUGGAGUUUGACAAUUGCUGUCUAUUUUCUAGACAUUUUAUAUUUUCGCUAAUAGUUUUGCUUGUAAAAUAAGCUUAAAGAGCGAUUAUAUUUCAAUAUAUACAUGUUUAUGAACAUAUUGGAAUGCAAGUCGUUAAGACAUAACAUUUUUAUCUCUGCUUUGUCAGAAAUGGCUAAGUGUGUUUGACGAGAAGAAAUGUGGAGAAAUCACCCUUGAACACUUUUGUGAGGUCCUUGGCCUUAAACCCGUGGACGCGUGAGUUUGUUUUGAAAGUGGGAAUUAGAAAUUAUUUUUGUACUCAUGAAGUUUGCAUUUAAACUGACGCUAUUGCUUUCCAAAUCAGAUGAAAUGCAGUGUAUACGUAAGUAGCUAAAAACACAUAUUUAAUUCUGUAUCAAGUAAAUCAGCAAUUUUGGAUAUUCGGAAUGACUUUUGGCCAAUAACAAGUGAAUUCGUAUAACCACAAUUUACACAAACCUGAACCAUUUACUAAGCGUGAAUGAGACAAACAGCCUUUGAUAAGCUAAUUUGAAAGAAUAAUCUUUUAGCUCAUGAGUGCAGCAGAAUCUGGUUAUUAAGGCCGUAGGUUAACUUGGUCAGUUACCCAUGAACCAGGCGCGAAGAACAAAAAUGGAUCGUAUGCAAGCAUGCGAAUUUAGAAUUCCUACUACGGAACACAAUCCCCUUACAGUAUUUGGCUUAGCUCAUGAGAUGUUAACCGAAAUUCCGAAAUGCAUUCUAUAGUAAAAGGAAUUACUUAGGCGGAACUGCAGUACAGAUUGCCAUGCUACAUAAUUCCAAGGUGUAUCCGUCACGACAAGAUGCCGGCCUUUAAAUGAGUAUCUUUUCGUCCUUUACAAAAGCACGCAUUUUUUCUAUUGAUUUUUGGUGACCAUAUAAAUCCAAAUACCUCUUGGGUAAAAUAGGCAGGGAAAUGUUUUCGCACCUGUUUGGCAGGAAAUGUAUCUUCUUCAAAUUUGAUAUUUGAAGGGCAUUAUUCCGUAUAGAAUAUGUGUGUAAUUAUGAGGUUUUAAAGACUAUGAAAUCUCCAUUAAUAUGACAUUGUAUCUGGGGGACCCACUGAUGAGCCGAACCCCUCGCAGCCGCGUCAGGCAGCGGCACAAGAUCGGCGAAACACGCGUGUCUGGGCUUUUAGCUAAUACCUGUGUUGUUAGUACGGUAAAUUAUUGGGCAAUGCUAUACUACUGGCUGCCUGUUGGCGGUUUGUGAAUAUUAAGCGGUUAUUCCGCAGUAGCUGAUGGAUUUCAGCUCAAAUAUUCAUAUCAAAUUUCGGACCGUGCCUGAAAAGGCCUGUUUCGAAAGAGUUACUCCAAGUUCGCGCAUUAAUUUCCUCGGAAAUUAAGCAAGGCAAGUAUCUGUCUCCUUUUAAAGUAUAUAACGUGGUUCAACAUUCCUUGUAAACUUUUAUGAGCCCUAUGUGACAUUUUCUUAACAGUGCAGGAAAAUGCACGAUUUCUCUUGCACGGACAGCAUGAAGCAUGUAGUUUAGAAGUCCUAAAUUCAAGCGCAACUGCAGGUCGGGAUUAAAAUCAUCUGGGCAUUGAAAACGUUACAAAUCUGAAUGAUGCUCUUUUUCCAAGUAUAAAAUUUGAAAGUGUGCUUUGUUAUCUAAAGCGGGAGACAACAAUAUUUUCAAGCGUAUUUCCUGUAAGUCUAUUUAAAUUUAAAGUGGCAUAUUGCAUCAAUGAAACAAUUCCCAUUAAAUACAGUCAUUUUUCUACAGAGUAUUGAUAUUGUAGGCUACUGGAAAGAAGUUCAUUAAAAAACCGCCAUUCUGUCAUGGUAACUUACUGUACAACAGUUAUUGUCACAACCAUGCCUUAGUGUUUCUUUCGAAUCGAAAGCAUAUGUCAGAAUUACGGCUAACAUUUCAGGAGACAGAACGGCUAUUGUAUAACAACCAACACAGAGUGCAUGGCCUACAAGCUUACAUAGAUUACCAUUAGCAUGUAAUAGAUAUAUUCAGAUAUGUCAAUUGGUUGCAGUAUAUAGAAAAAAAACGCGUCAGCGAAUAAAUUAUAAGUUUCGCCAAGAGAGUCCUUAGUGAAUCUCGCAGAUUUGUGUAAUAAAAAAUUCGCAUGACAAAAGCACAAUUUGUUGACGCGACCUAUCGCGUAUUAGGCUAUCGAACGCAGAUAUAUUCAGACAGCUCAGUAAACGACAUUUUUCAUAUCUUCUCAGCCGUCAUGUCCGUACCUUCCUGCGAAAUGUAAAUACCUUCUUAAUUCUCCUAUAAAAUUUGGAUAACUGGGCGAAAACUUGCAGGUCUAGACUGAAAUCAUUGAACAUCAAUAAAUUUGCGCGCCCUUAGAUAUAAGUAGUUAAGAUUAUUUAGCCAAAAGAAGGCCAUUUAUCCCUUAUCUAUACGCACGAUAUGGCUAUAGGUUUGAGGUCAGAAAAUGCGGAAACCAACUCAAACGUCUGUUGGCCGUGCAUUCAAUCAAAAUGUCCUCAUAAAGCGUUUUUCUAAGGACCCAGUUCCGCUUGAAUUCGACCCCCAACUUGGAUUCGAAUACCAAAGUAUUUCGGCUAUUGUCGCAGAGUUUAAAUAAUGGAACACUUGGCGCUAUUUUGUACUUUCAACCUAUGACAAGUUUACUAGCAGCAGCUACUGCUUUGGACUUCCUUCAAAAUUGUUCUAUUCUUAAAUGAAGAAGGAAAGAUUCCUUGUCUGCAAAAAAAGUAAAAUAUUCUUCCUCAUAGACCAAAUGGGGUGGAUCAGGAUAUUAUCCAUCCCACACCCUCAUACCUCGAGAUCUUCCGUUUUUCCAUUCAUUUGUGGUUUCCUGGAAACAUUUUUACUAUCGAUCAAUCAGACGUCUAAAAGACAGCAAGCAUUUGCUACAGCUUACAUGUUGGAACUCACGUUACUCAGUGUAUAUUCCUUAUUAUAAACAAUUUGCCGCACUUUCAAUGUAUUUCGAUGAGCUAAAAACUAUGACCUGGUAGACUGUCAACUGACAAGAUAACCCGCCUCCCCUCUCACGACAAAAUUAGGCUGCAAUGGCCACUUCUCCCUGCGACCUCAACGACACUCCUAUUCAGUUAGGAUCCUAGCCACCCCUUUCUUCUGUGUGUGUUAACAUCCCGUUCAUCAUGAGCGAUCUAAGCCUGUACGUAGACGCAUUUUUAAGCUUUGUAGGCCACUGAGCCUGAUCCGCCAUCCGGUCAUUUCGACUAAGGCAGGUGAGAGAAGAGAGAGUACAGCAUAUCCUGCGCAGAUCUGUUACCAAUAUAAAUUAAUGUACACACAAGUCACUGUCCCUGCACCCACCCUAAUGUGGCACGUAUGGUAGAAGUCAUUGCUUGCGAUGGUCGAGCUGUAGGUUCACACUGAAAUAUUCUUAACUGAUUAUGUCAACAAUGACCUGUAAUUAACUGAUUUGAAGCCCGCGCCUAAUCAGCAGUGAUCGUAAAAAGUCGACUUCUCGUUACAUCCUUUUCCCACAUCCUCCUUUGUCUACCUAAAAUUCUAUUCAUUAUUCGGAGUUUAGAGCCCUAAAUGCAGUUACCUACGUAAGUACUACAUAGUACAGUAACUGUGCUGUCUCAGCUGUAAACCGUCAAUACUACAUGUCCCUUUUUAUAUGCAUUUUAUGUAUGUAUGAUGCAUUUAACCUGAGCUUACCUUUAGUUAGGCAAUAGAAAGGAAAAUUUUGGCGGCUCCAUGCGUUUUGUACUUAGUUAAUCUCCAAAUUUACGCGUUCGAUAAUAGAUACAGUGGCAAGCUCCUGCAGCAUAAGUUUUUGAAAAUGCACUAGACUAUUUACUUUUAUGUAUUUUGACUAUUCGCCUUAUUAUAAACAACAGAAAUAUCCUGUAAUGGGGACUGGCCAUUUCCCGAUAUGAUUAUUUAAAGUUGCGCUCAAACGCAGGCUGAAAAACUGUUUUAUUACUGAUUCUUAAUUCCUCUCUUUAUGUUUAUAUCGAGCUAUGAUUAUAAAGGUUGGGUCCAGGCUUUGAAUUUAUUAACUUUGUCAACAGACGCCUACAUUUCUCCGCGAUUAUUCAACAGGACACGAAGAAUGUGGAGGUGAUAAUGGGGGACGUGUCAAAUGAAAUGAGAAUGCUAAUGCUGCGGAUACUUUGCAGUACUUUCAGGACGUACCAACAUGACCGAAAGGUAAGCACUACGGGCUGUUUCACUAACAGUUCGUAAUAUAGUGUGCCAGAUAUAUUGUUAGUUAAGGAACAAGAUGCUCAUCGGUCUAAUUCUGUAGGUGUAUAAUAACUUCAAGGCAGCAUGGCCUAUAUAUUUGACACAACAAUUAGAGACAGGACGGUAAGACAGAAAAAGUAAUCAGUAGACUUGUAGCAUAUGUGAUUUAAUUUCUCAUUUGUUUUCGUCCUCGGGAUUACGAUGCAAAGUAGAUCCUAGUUAGUCCGGUCAGCCGCUGCUUUGGGUCAAAUUUAAUUAUGCGCAGCCCGAAUUUAGUGCCCUCAUUAAGGUCACCAAUCGGCUUAAAUGAAACAAAGCUGAGGGGAGAGACGGUGGCUACGAGUGUUUUUAAGGGGCUCAAAUGGGCAAUGGUCACUCUAAUCUUGCAGCUGCGUGGUCGCGAACGCACAAAACAACUCAUAUAUUACAGAUGCCAAGACCAUUGAGGUAGGUGUGAGUUAGGCAGCAGCAGCAACAGUUUCUUCGGUGCUGACUAACAGACUUACCUUCGCUGAUGAGUUCUAGACGAGCGCCGGUAAACCUCUUCGAACUUUAGAAAAUUUGAAAAACAAGCCAUGUAGGUCAUAAUGUUUUUUUUUCCAUGUGGCUUAUAAACUUGAAUCCAUUGUACACUUGAACAGUUCAUUAUCAAGUAGGUUUUAGGCGAUUUUGUCUAAGCCCGACAAUAGGGCGUUAACCCACCCGCACACCGUAGGUGUGGUGGUGAUCAGCUGCCUGGGUUUAGGCCACGAUUUGGCUUCUGUGUAAAACUAUUGGAUAGGGAGUGCCUUCAGUUACUAGGCCCAAACCCUGUGGUUUAAGAUGGGAUGAAUUCUGUCUGAAGUAAACGAUACAGGGUCGAAAAUACAAGGCCGCGUGCCAAUCUGGUCGUGAGUACGCAAAUUGGGGCUUACCGCCAGUCGCUGACAGAAGCGAUUCACCCUGUUCAGGAUUGAGGAAAGUCAAUUUCAUAGAUGUUUUGGCUGAUUUUGAGUGAUUCAUAUUGACCCAGCUGAGAAAAACUCGGCGCCUCUGUGGGAGUCGAACUCACGACAGUAAGGGGGGGGGGCUUUAGUACAGCCAACACUCUAACCACCUGAGCUAAAACCACCUGAAUUAAAGCCUUCCCCUUACUGUCGUGGUUUGGAUUCCCAACGAGUUGCCGAGAUUUUCGCAGUUGGGUCAGUAUGAAUUAUUCAAAAUCUGCCAAAACAUCUAUUAAUUACGUGAGCCUGGUAGUCAUCCGGUGGAUUCUAGGUGAAUCACUUAGGAUAUCCUUCUUGGGAAGUCAACUUACUGUAUCGGAUUUGGUGGAUUCCAGACGUUGCAGUAGGUUAGGCGAGUAGACUUGACCCACACGGGAUUAAACUCGCGUCUUCCGGUGAGACCUCGUAGUCCAGGUGGUUAAAACGUUGGCUGUAUUCAAGCCUUCCUCUUACUGUCGUGGGUUCGAAUCCCACAGAGACGCCGAGGUUUUCACAGUUGGAUCAAUAUGAAGGUCUAUUUGUUACUUCACAGUGGCCACGUCCGCUCGAAUGAUUGGGUACGCAGAAUAGCGGAUGAAAUAUAGGAGGGAAUAAGGCGGGUUGUGCAUAGAACGAAAAGCUUGGUGAGACCUCGACCGACAUGUCGGAAAGUUUCAUGUUCGGAUGGCCAUCUAGCAGUGGAACGUACUUCAAGUACCAUGCGACAGCGCAGCCGUCGAUAACGACGAUGCCCACUGUGUACUACAAAACAGCGUAGGGCAACGACGGUGCCUUGCGCGUGAAUAAAGUUGUAGUGAGGCGAACUUGCGCAGCAUCUGCUAUUCUCUCUGUUUACUCACCCAUCUGCUCACUGUGACAAGACAGUUGCAAGACGGCUGAUGUGGGCUCGGGCACGAUGGCCAACCUGACUAUAAGGCCGGUUACGCGUGCCGUACGCGACCUGGCAUCGGCGGAAUGUACCAGGCUUUUAGAUGGACUGCUCGAAUCUCACAUGCGUCAGUCUAGGAAAGAGCUACAGAGACCGAAUCUCAAUCCUACGAAGAAUCGGAUUACUCCGUCAGUUGGCAACUUCCCGAGUCACGACUUUUAGUUUCUUGCGAUAGACGCAAGCAUUCCGGAUUUUUAUGGUAAUAAAUGCGCGAUUUGAGGUGAGGGUGGGCGCUCUGUGUCGGCUUCGGUUUCUUUCCUCGCAACCCCCAUACACCAACCGACAGUCCAAUCCUGUCAACCAUCCAACACCUGGAUCGGACGCAGUGGUUGGUUUGGCCUGACGCCAUACCCAGACGUGGCACAGACCACAUAUGCGGCAGUGGUUAUGGGCUCGCCUGGAUUCUGAACAAGCAGAUUAGUAAGGCUGUGAUCCAGUACAUUUGCAGCUUAGUCUGCUGCUGGUCAGCAGCCCAUGUGGCAGGGAUGCAGGAUGCGGCCCAACUUAGGGAAUAAAAACCACGUUAUCGUGUAAUACGGACUUUGUGGGUGGGGCUAGAUGGCGGAAAGGUGAACGCGAUAGUAAGUAAACAUUCGAAUAACAUCUUGAGGUGGCAUACUGCGUUCUCGCGUUAAAUUUCUCUAGAGCUACUCGCAGAAGAGCACAUGGAUCAGAGCCACGAUCCUCGAGGAAUAAUGAGGGUAUCGCGAUAUUUGGCAGUGCAAGCAAAUGUUGAACAUUUUUCGCAGUUCUUCCAGUUUUUUUUACAAAAGAAUUAGAUUACAUUCCAUCUGGUUUCGAGAACGCGUUGACGUCAGUCAUAAAAAGAUGAGGACGCAAUAUGCCACAAUGACCUAGUUUUGGGUCCCUGAGCGGGGUCGCAUCCUGCGCCCUUACAGCACAGAUGCACCAUAAAAUACACAGAAAACCUACGAUAUCCGAACAGCUGCUGUAGACACUUAUUUUAUACCUCUAGAACGACGGGUGUAUCCGUUAGAUGGUAGGCCGAAUUGAGUUGCAGACGGUCGACUGAUAAUAUGAAAGUCUUGUGGCCACUAAUUCCAGAUAGUGGGAUAGGCGAAGAAUGAACAAUUUAACUGGUUUAGAAUAUGAAUCCUCCUACGUUGGAUAAAAAAGCGCCUUCUCAAGGACGGCCUUAUCGACAUGUCCCCAAGAGUUCCAUUGAAGUGCCUAAAAAUCGGAACGAUUCAGAUGAGACCCGCACUGCGCAUUAAGAAUAUAUAAUUAGCUAGUUAUUUCUAAUAUGGUUGUUCUUUAGCUGCAACUUUUGGGAGCUGACGAACAAGACCUUUAUUCAUUCCCUCUAAGAACCUAAGAAACUCUAGCAGUUCGAACAGAAUUAAGCAUAAGAAUGGUUAAAAGUGUCCACAAGACCAUUUUGUAUAUCUUAUUGCGCUAUUCAAACGCAUUACCCCUGGCUUCAGUCUGGUUAUUGACAGCACUGAUGCUUUUCAAUUGACCUUCAACAGUCCAUGUGGACAUUAUAGAGCUUGCAGCCGUAUAUUUUACAAAAAAGCUCACUUCCCACUGAGCUGUUUCGUGCAAUAAAAAUGGGUGUGGUGGUGGAGAUUUCAGAUGUGCCUGGGUAGGCACCGGUUGUAAAACAGCCCUGAAGUUGCGAACUGUCACUUGAAACCCACAGCGGGAAGUGGUACUGUGAAAAAACAGCUUCAGCAAAAAACAAUUCUUUGUGACGUGGACACGGCGGUUUAUUCAGAUUAUCAUCUUCGUCAAUAAUUAUGUCAACGCAUGCACUGACUUCAAAACACAGCCCCGCACAUACGACCACCCUCGCCGCUGAUUCACCCAACCGCUCAACUUCUGUGUUUGGCGAACUGCCAAGACAGAAACUACAGGUUCUGAUGUGCGGCAGAUGUUUUCACAUAGGCCUCACGACCUCGGUUCGCAUAAUCAGAAGCUAAAAAUCUAUGAAUAUGUGUAUAGUGUUUUGGCCUAUUUGCAAAUCACCCGAGUCAUCCCGAACCGGGCGAAAGGUCGCGACUGAUCUACCUUGACGCUAGCAGACGCUUCUGAAAACUUAGAUGUUAAGGCUUGAAUUUUCAUCUUAGUAUUCCUACACCGUAUAUGUUGCUGGGACAUUAAGCUAGUCUUUCUAUCAACCAGCCUCGUAGCCCGGUUAAGCAUGAGAGUAUUGUCGCUGUUUUUCACCGCAGUUCAGGUUGAUUUUCCACAGCGAAAUUAGUCAUGCUAAUAAGCUUUGGCUGUCUAAUUAGUUUAUCGAAUGUAUUACCCUUAAGAUUCGAUGGAGCAGCAGGCGAAACAGAAUACGACUGAUACGGAAAUUGUUUCACAGUUCGAGGGACAUUUUAGGAGAAUGCUUCACGUAAAUACCCGUUCUUACGGCGAGUUGCCAAUGAUGGCAAUGGAUCCCCUAAAGACCUAAUCAUGACAGAAACAGAGGCGUUUGGCCACACAUAAUCCGAUUACUCACUUAGGAAGUAUUGCUUGAAUGGGCAAGGAAGCGUCAUUGCUCUUGAUGGACGCCAUGAAUGUAGAUUAUUAAAUCUCGUCUGGAAGUAUUCCGCGGAUUUCCAGUAGCUUUACAUAACCAAUUAUACUACUAAAACUUAUUAUUAACAUCUUUCUUGCGAUUUACACACUCGGCAGUCAUGUUUUCAAAGGGAUGUUUGAAGAUAAUUUUUCAUCGUUAAGUACAGUUUUGAGUUAAACGAGAAUUUUGAAAGCCAUCCCGCGUGCUUAUGAAACACUGUGAGGUAUACCUUUAACCUUACCCCGCAAUGCCUGCCUCCUAUUGAUAAUGAAUCCUUAUUGAAGAAAGAUGACCCUUCUAUCUGUUUGCCAGCUGUUCAUCUUCCUAUUCCCAUAAACCCAAGCGUCGUUGAGCACAAGUACUGAAGAAAGCAUUUAUGGCCUCUCUUGGAUGUCUAAAAAUAAUUCAGACAUUUGACUGAUCGCAACUACAAUCGACACCAACCAUGCAAAUCACACAGAUCAAGGGGCAAAGGAAAUUCAAUGUUAUUAAUUUAUGUCACCACCUUGCCGAUUCUAAGUGCCAAGAAACCUUAUGGGUGGCACUUUCAAUGAAGGCCGCUUGAUAAUCUUUUAUCUUAAAGUCGAUAGUUUGCAGUUAGUGCUUUUUUCCUGUUAACCCAAGAAAAAGUAGCUUAGUCUUUUGUCUUCAGAUUUUGUGUUUUUUUCUACAGGAGUUCAUUCAGCAGCUCAAAGCUCGUCUGGACCACCGUUUUGGACCCAUUUGGCAAUGUCUUCUAUCUUACGGUGCCUUCAUUGCCUGUGCCGUUCACGUCUCUGGAACUUAUCUUUGUGUAAAAAUGAACGGUGUCAUCUUCCUCAUGUACAAGUCGUCAGACACAGAGCUCUGCGACCAGUCGACGUAG